AUGCAGCUCCUCACAUUCAUCCAAGUCAGCAUACUGCUGUCUCUACAUCUACAAGCCGUCAAAGCUGCCCCAAUAGACGAGCCUUUACUCCAACGCGAUGCUGAACUUUACAAAAGAGUUCCUGGCGAUAGUGCUCAAGACCCUAUCAUGGCCGAACUGGCAUGUACCGGAGUUGAGCCUGUCUGCGAGGCGGAUUGCAUUGCAAUUCUUUGUCACGGAAGGCCUCAAAUCAUGCAACGAGACACGGCAAAUAGGGCUGCUCAUUACGCACAGAGCGGAGCAGGCCUGACCCCUUUUCAGGACACUCCAGCAAUGAUGCAGAGGCGUGGGAUUAGCAUCCCUGAUCUACUCUACAAUAGUGCUGAAGAAACCACCUACGAAUCGGCUGCUCAGGGUGGGCCCGGCACUGUUCUCUUCCCAGUUCCCCGGGAUCUGAAUCUAGAGCAUGGAAGGCGGAUUGGCGCGAUGUACACCAACUUCGGCAUCACGAAUGGAAGAUGGUUCAAGCAAUUGUUCACCUUUCUCAAUUCACAAACCCCGCACUGUCUUGCAUUGAUGCAAGAUCCUCCCGAUGACUCCAUCUGCAGAAAGCGACUGGGAAAUGAAUUCACUGGCCAAUAUGAUCUCAAGCCGUAUGCGUUUGUUAAAAACCAAUUGGUUACUAACCCAAUCACAUUCACGAACCUUUUCAAGGGCUAUCUCACUAAGCGUGAUGACGGAAGUGAGGUUCUUGAGAACCCUGAUGAAUCUAAACGGGAGGUGCCAACUAUGGAGGUCAAUACCGAAUAA